AUGACUCAUGAUUCAGACGUCACCCCCCCCGUGCCGGCUAGUGACGAAUACUAUGAUCUCGGCUCGUUCGGUCGGAGGAUCACCACCUCCAACUCCGACACUCAGACCUGGUUCAAUCGGGGCCUCAGUUGGGUUUACGCCUUCAAUCAUGUCGAGGGCGCCUACUGCUUUGAACAAGCCAUCGCUCACGAUCCGUCGUGCGCCAUAGCUUACUGGGGGCUGGCGUACGCAGUUGGUCCCAACUACAACAAGCCAUGGGACCGUUUUGAUAGGGAAGACUUGAAAACCUGCAUGAAACGGGCCUAUGAGGCGUCGCGCAACGCCAAAGAACAUGCAAAUCAUGCGACUCCACUUGAGCAAGGGUUGAUCGAAGCCAUCCAGUCCCGAUUCCAGAGCGCCUCGCCACCCAAUACUGCGGAGCGGUCGGCACUGAACCAUGCGUAUGCGACGGCCAUGAAGCCUGUUUAUCGAGACUUUGGCAAUGAUCUGGAUGCCGCAGUUCUCUACGCGGACGCGCUGAUGAAUCUGACUCCUUGGGCGCUCUGGGAUCUGUUUACUGGCGAACCCAAUCCCAAAGCAGCCACAAUGGAGGUCAAGGAGGUACUGGAACGCGCUCUGGCUCAAAAAGGGUCUGAGAAGCACCCGGGGCUGCUGCACCUCUACAUCCACUACAUUGAAAUGUCGCCGAAUCCUGAGUUAGGUAUCAAUGUCGCCGACCAGCUGCGUGACUUGAUGCCUGAUGCAGGCCACAUCCAUCACAUGCCAACUCAUCUCGACAUUCUGAUCGGGGAUUGGCGACGCUCGAUUGCGUCCAAUUACAAGGCUACUCUAGCAGAUGACAAGUAUGUGCGCCGCGCAGGUCCAUACAACUUCUACACGUUCUAUCGACUUCACGACUACCAUUCCCUCAUCUACGCCGCUAUGCUUUGCGGAAAAUUGAAUACGGCCCUGGAUGCGGUCGAUCGGAUGGAGGCUUCAGUCCCUGAAGAUGUGCUACGAAUUAAGUCCCCGCCCAUGGCUGAUUGGUUGGAGAACUUCAUGUCCAUUCGCUUACAUGUCAUGGUGCGCUUUGGAAUGUGGGAGGCGCUGAAACAAAUGGAAUUGCCAAAAGACCCCGAACUAUACAGAGUCACGACGGCAACUACACAUUACGCCAAGGCAGUUGCCUAUGCGGCUACUGGGGAUAUAGAUGGAGCCCUAGAGCAGCGGGAGCUCUUUCAGCAGACUUGUGCACUUGUUCCAGGGACCCGCCGCGCCUAUAAUGGCAAGUGUACGCAGACCUUGGCCGUGGCCGCGGCCAUGCUGGAUGGAGAAAUCGAGUAUCGCCGUCAAAACUACGACAAGGCCUUUGAGCAUCUGCGCAAGUCCAUCGAACUGGAUGACAAGCUCCCGUAUAGUGAACCAUGGUCGUGGAUGCAACCCAGUCGACAUGCCUACGCGGCCCUUCUCCUGGAGCAGGGCCAUCUCGAGGAAGCGGCCAAAGUGUACCGCGCUGACCUGGGACUCGAUAGCACGCUGAUUCGUCCCCGCCGCCACCCGAACAAUGUUUGGUCGCUCCAGGGGUAUCAUGAAUGCUUGAUGCGGUUGGGAAGGACGGAGGAAGCGGCUGUCAUCGAGCCUGCAGUAAAGCUGGCGCUCGCUGUAGCAGACAUUCCCAUCAAUUCCUCGUGCUUUUGCCGAUUGGAUACUUCUCGAGCGCCGCGCGUCAUUAACGGUUGUAGUUCCAAUGGGAAUUGCCACUAA